AGGUCUUGGACGCCUUCGCGUAUAUAACAGUGGGAUUCCCGUCCACGGCCCCCAUCGCGCGCUCGUGAAGCCUUCCGACGCCAUCCAAUCUACAACGCUCAACGACCGACACGACACGACUGUCACGAUUGAGCAUUGCACGCGAUUGAAUAUCGACUACGCACGCGUACCAACUUCACAUCACAUCUGCACACACUCUCCCAAAGAUGGGACUCCCAGCCAUACUCCGACGACACUCGUCGGGCAACUUGAAGCUGAACAGCAGGACGGACACCAGCUACACCGUCACCGUCGAUCCCCAGAACCCCGACUUCACCAGCGUCGCGUCGUACGCGCACACCCAAACGGUCGAGCAGAUCCUUUCUGACCUCGGCACCAACGCGGAAGAUGGCCUCUCGAAGAACGAGUCAACCCGGCGAUUAGAGCGGCACGGGGAGAACCUGUUGAAGGGAAAGGAUGGGGUAUCAGCUUGGAGGGUACUCAUUGGGCAAGUCGCUAACGCACUCACCAUCGUCCUCCUUGCCGCACUUGCACUGAGCUUCGGCGUCCAAGACUUCGUCGAAGGCGCCGUCAUUGCUGCUGUCAUUGUCCUCAAUACCACCGUAGGAUUCUUCCAGGAAUACAGGGCGGAGAAGACGAUGGACUCGCUCCGCCAGCUCUCCUCACCCACUGCUCUUGUCAUCCGCAAUGGCGAAAGUACGGCAAUUCCCGCGAAGAAUGUCGUCCCCGGAGACCUUGUCAUGAUCAAGGAUGGGGAUGUGGUUCCUGCCGAUCUGCGCAUGUUAUAUGUCUCAAACUUGGAGGUCUCCGAGCAGCUGCUGACCGGCGAGUCUGUACCAGUUGCAAAGACCAUCGAGCCACUUGACGACCACGCUCUGGAAAUGCCAAUUGGCGACCGCACCAACCUCUGCUACUCCUCGACAGUUGUCACGAAGGGCCGCGGCACUGGCGUGGUCAUCGGGACCGGAAUGAACACUCAGAUUGGCCGCAUCGCAGAGGCCAUGAACAAGAAGCCGCGCACGGAUACAAGCUCAUCAUCCCAUCCUCACGCCAGCCGCCUCAAGAACAGCGUCCUCGAGUUCCUCGGCCUUCGGAGCGGCACGCCCCUUCAGAUCAAGCUCUCCAAGCUCGCCUACGUCCUCUUCGGCUGCGCCAUCAUCCUCGCCAUCAUCGUCUUCUCCGUCGCUCGCUGGAAUGUUACGAACGAGGUCAUCCUCUACGCUAUCGCCACUGCCAUCGCCAUCAUCCCGGAGUCGCUCGUCGCGGUGCUGACGCUCACCAUGGCGGUCGGCACGCGGCACAUGGCGGAGGAGAAUGUGAUUGUGCGCAAACUAUCGGCGCUGGAGAACUUGGGCGGCGUGACGGAUAUCUGCAGUGACAAGACGGGGACGUUGACGUUGGGCCAGAUGUCGGUGCGGUCGUUCUGGCUAGCAGCAGACCCGCACAAGGCGCAGACGUACUACGCGGAUGCGGGGUCGAACGCAAUUGAGCCCGUGGGCGACGUUUACAAGGGUGCUCCCAACGGGGACAUCGUCGACCCGAAGAAUGUAGACGAGGCCCUCGCGCAAGCCGUCCGUGUCGCAGCGCUGUGCAAUGUCGCCACCGUCCACAAGAACCUUCGCGGCGAGUGGAAGUCCACGGGCGACCCAACCGAGGUUUCGUUGCAGGUCUUCGCCACGAAGCUGCGCAUGGGUCAGCCCUCCUUGGUCGCUGGUCAGGACAAGCCUGUCGACUCUGACAUGCAGGACGAGAAGGUGCACUUUGACCGCGCGGACGACGAGGAGACGCGCGCAGCUAAGCGCUUCACCUUGAAGCUGGAGUUCCCGUUCUCGAGCUCGGUUAAGAAGAUGUCGACGAUCUACUACGACCGGGAGCAGGACAAGUACGCGGUGGUGAUGUUGAAGGGAGCGGUCGAACGCGUUCUCGAGUCCUGCGUCGCCUAUGUUCCGAACCCAGAUGAGCCGACGAAGACGGCGCCUCUCACAGAAGCGAUCCGUAGUGUCUUCCUCGCAAAGGCGGAGGAGCUUGCCUCUGAGGGCCUGCGUGUCAUCGCGCUUGCCCAUCGCUAUAUCGAGAAGACCGCCGUCGAGGGCAUCAGUCGUGAAGACACCGAGCAGCACUGCACUUUCCUGGCGCUCGCGGGCAUCUUCGACCCGCCAAGGCCGGAGACGCUGGGUGCGGUGAGGGCAUGCAAGGACGCGGGGAUUGUCGUUCAUAUGCUUACCGGCGACCAUAUCACUACGGCGCGAGCUAUUGCGGAGAUGGUCGAGAUCGUACCCAGGGAUGUCCCCAAGAACAUGGUUAUGACUGCGACGGAGUUCGACCGCUUGAGCGACGAGGAGAUCGACGCGCUCCCUGAACUGCCGCUCGUCAUCGCGCGGUGCGCGCCCGAGACGAAGGUCCGCAUGAUUUUGGCAGCCAAGCGACGAGGCAAGCAUGCCGCAAUGACUGGCGACGGUGUCAACGACAGCCCCAGUCUCAAGCUGGCUCCCGUCGGUAUUGCUAUGGGCAUGGCGGGCUCCGAUGUUGCGAAGGACGCUUCGGAUUUGGUCUUGACGGACGACAACUUCGACUCCAUUCGCGCCGCCGUCAGCGAAGGCCGACGUAUCUUCACCAACAUCCAGCGCUUCAUCUUGCAUCUCCUCACGACGAACGUGGCGGAGGUCGUGUUGUUGAUCGUCGGCUUGGUGUUCAUCGAUCGCGAUGAUAUGAGCGUGUUCCCUCUUAGUCCGUUGGGCGUUCUUUGGGUGAACAUGCUUACCAGCUCUCCGCCUGCCUUCGGUUUGGGUCUCGAGGCCGCUUACCCAGACUUGAUGAAGCGACCACCUCACCCGAUGAAGCAAGGUGUAUUCACCUGGCCCAUCAUCAUCGACACCGUCGUGUACGGUAUCGUCAUGGGUGCGACGUGCUUGGCUAGCUUCGUGAUUGUUGUAUAUGGUCGUGGUAACGGCGAGCUUGGCUCGCAAUGCAACCACGCCGAGUCGGACGAGUGCCAUCUCGUGUUCCGGGGUCGGUCGACAGUCUUCGCCACCCUGAUCUUCGAGAUCUUGCUGUACGCGCUCGAGCUGAAGUCAUUCGACCGCUCCAUGUUCGCGCUUACGCCCGGCCGCGCUUUCUGGAAGGACUGGUGGGCUAACAAGGUGCUCUUGGGCUCCGUUGUCAUUGGCAUGGCUACCGUCGUUCUUCCGAUCUAUGUUCCCGGUUUCAAUAGCCAUGUCUUCUACCAGACUGCCAUCGGUUGGGAGUGGGGAAUCGUCAUUGGCAUGUCCUUGGUGUUUGUGGCGUCUUGCGAGCUUUGGAAGAUGGCGAGGAGGGUAUUGUUGAGCCGAUGGGUGUAUGUACCGCGGACGAAGGCGGUACUGACGGAGGAGUCGAACGAAAAGGCCUAGGGGUGACCCCUUAGAUGGACCUUACUAGAAUGCACGAUUGUUACAUGCAAGCUUACGCUACGAGAGGAUUGUUCUACAUGUAUUCUAGUAGCUCUCGCACACCUUGAAUGCAUUGACGACCGGUUAUAAGGGCGGCAUUGUUUGUCC